AUGAUACGAGCAGCAAUCACCUAUGUCGAGCUUGUAUAUCUGGUGAAGAAAAAACUUUUUCUGACCUGCGAGAACAAGGAUGUGGAACUUUCAUAUCAAGUUCCUUCAUGGUUGACAAAAGAUGUCCUUGGAAACCCACCAACAACAGUGGAAGCUGAUCGUGACAUGCGUGGGUUUUUCAUCAUGAACAAAGAAAUAGAUCAGGUGAAUCUUUGUGUUUCCAUCAAAGGAACCCUUCCGGGGACGGAUCUGGUAUGCCAUAAAGAAGAAUAUGAAGGGUUGGGUAUUGAAGAGUUCAUGGAAGGUUGCGAGGGGAAUUGUGUAACAGAUAACUCAGACAAUGAUGUUUCUGACACGGAGGCCCACGAAUUUGCUUUGGUGUGCACACAGCCUGCUAGUGAUGAAGUUAACAGGGAAAACAACCUGCAAAUGGUUGUAUUUAACAGUACCAAUGUGGCUAGCAGUAGUAAUGACAACAAUGCAGAGAUGCCAUUGCCUGACAAUCCUGUGCUUGAGAACAUCUUGUUCAGUGGUGAAGAGCAUGCAACUUGGUUUGGAAGGGAUGCACCUCCAUUUGUCGAUGACCAUGGAACUGAUGGUACCAGAUAA